UCUCUGUGAUGUGUUGCAACAGCCACACGAACGGUGGACUUCUCUGCACCUUACGGCGCUGCUAUAACAGCUGCGUCUCAUCAGCAACGCUUGAAACGCUUCAAAACUGGAACUAAAACCCUUUCUGACGUAGGAAUUUAUUUUGGAUUACUAUGAGUUGGAAUUGUUACGGCACUUAAGUUACAGUACUGAAGCAAUUCCAGGAAAAACACUUUGUCCCAUGGUGUGUUUGGCUCGAGGCCAAUAUGAAGAGUUUUGUAAGCUUGAAAGUUGGUAGAAUUGCCUCAAUGGCACCUCACCUGUUGAACAUUUUUAGCCUCGACUUUGCCCUCCAAGGUUAAAAGUCAACCUUGGAACCAAGGAGUACAGACCCCCCUAUAUCAUCCACCCCUGCCCAUUGCCCCAUCCCCUCUUAUAUGGUCUUCUUUAAUGGGAAUAAAAUCCUGAAUCCAUCGAUCCAUCCUUGGAACUGAACAAUGAUCAACACUUGUCAGAACCACAGCCUAUUGCUUUCUGUUUGCUUCAUCAUCACCCACAGUAUCCUCCAUAAAAAAGGGAUCAGUUGUUGAUGCUGUGGCCAGCAUAUAUCAUAUUGAUCAUAAAUUUCUCCACGUACACUGUGGGAUAUACAUGGGAUAUACUGCUCUUUGAACUGAAGAAAAUUCGACUAUAUCGUUGUCUUGCGGAUCACAGCCGACUCCCUCCCCGCCUUCCCUCUCACGUUCCUCAGUUUUUAAAAUGGAUGCCUUCUACUACUGGCUGCAGGUGCACCUGUUUUUCAGUAUCCUGCUGGGCCUUUGCUUUAGCCUGGAGUUCUCAGGGGCUCCGGGACAGUGGGCACGGUUUCGGCGCUGGGACGCCAGCACCAGGAGUGACCUCAGCUUUCAGGUGAAGACGCAAGCGUCCAGCGCCCUGCUGCUCUACCUGGAUGACGGGGGCUACUGCGACUUCCUGCUCCUGGCGGUGUCUGACGGCAAGCUGCAGCUGCGUUUCAGCGUGGACUGCGCCGAAACCACCGUGGUCUCCGACCGGAGGGUCAACGACAGCAACUGGCACUUUGUCACCAUCAGCAGGUCCAACCUCAGGACGGCCCUCCGGCUGGACAGCGAGGUGAAGUCUGACGAGGUGCAGCCCAUGAGGCAGCAUAUGAAGGUAGUCAGCGACCUCUUCCUGGGGGGUAUCCCGCAGGACAUCCGCGGGACUGCGCUGACGCUGCCCAUGGUGAAGGACCAGCCGCUCUUCCGGGGGGUGAUCACGGACCUCAAAUACGGCAAGGGUGAGCCCCGGCUGCUCGGCAGCCAGAAGGUGCGCCUGGACAUGGAGGGUCUUUGCGCUGAGAACCCCUGUGAGAACGGGGGGAUUUGCUCAGUGGCGGAAGGGGAGUACCUGUGCGACUGCUCUAAAACUGGAUACAUUGGCCGCUUCUGCAAUGAAGAAGUCAACAGCGUUCCAGGUUUCUCACAUAUGAUGGCCGAGCAAGAGGGGAGAAAAAGAGUGAGAGAGGAGAACGUGGCCACCUUCCGAGGCUCGGAGUACUUCUGCUACGACCUGUCCCAGAACCCCAUCCAGAGCAGCAGCGACGAGAUCACGCUCUCCUUCAAGACCUGGCAGCGCAACGGGCUCAUCCUCCACACGGGCAAGUCGGCCGACUACGUCAACCUGGCCCUGAAGGACGGGGCUGUGUCGCUCGUCAUCAACCUGGGCUCGGGGGCCUUCGAGGCCAUUGUGGAGCCCGUCAACGGCAAGUUCAACGACAACGCCUGGCACGACGUCAAGGUCACGAGAAACCUCAGACAGCAAUCAGGCAUUGGACACGCUAUGGUAAACAAACUACAUUGUAUGGUGACGAUAUCGGUAGACGGCAUUUUAACCACGACGGGCUACACCCAGGAGGACUACACCAUGCUGGGCUCAGACGACUUUUUCUACGUGGGAGGAAGUCCGAGCACGGCGGACUUACCUGGCUCUCCUGUCAGCAAUAACUUCAUGGGCUGUCUGAAAGAGGUGGUGUACAAGAACAAUGACAUCAGGCUGGAGCUUUCCCGGCUGGCUCGGAUCGUGGACCCCAAGAUGAAGAUCCAGGGCGACGUGGUGUUCAAGUGCGAGAACGUGGCCACCCUGGACCCCAUUUCCUUUGAGACGCCAGAGGCCUACAUCAGCCUGCCCAAGUGGAACACAAAACGCAUGGGCUCCAUCUCCUUCGACUUCCGCACCUCAGAGCCCAAUGGCCUAAUACUUUUCACCCACGGUAAGCCCCAGGAAGCCAAAGGCCUACGCAGCCAGAGGAACACCAAGGUGGACUUCUUCGCCGUGGAGCUCCUGGACGGCAGCCUCUACCUUCUGCUGGACAUGGGCUCAGGCACCAUCAAGGUGAAGGCCACGCUGACCAAGGUGAACGACGGGGCCUGGUACCACGUGGACGUCCAGAGGGAUGGGAGAUCAGGCACCAUUUCGGUGAACAGUCGGCGCACCCCAUUCACAGCCAGCGGAGAGAGCGAAAUCCUGGAUCUGGAGGGGGACAUGUACCUAGGGGGUCUCCCAGAGAACCGGGCGGGGCUGGUCCUGCCCACCGAGCUGUGGACGGCCGUGCUCAACUACGGCUACGUGGGAUGCGUCCGGGACCUGUUUAUCGACGGGCGCAGCAAGGACAUCCGGCAGAUCGCAGAGUCGCAGAACGGAGCUGGCAUCAAGCCCUCCUGCAACAAGGUGGGCGGGAAGCAGUGCGAGAGCUACCCCUGUAAAAACAAGGGCGCCUGCAAGGAGGGCUGGAACCGCUUCGUCUGCGACUGCACGGGGACCGGCUUCUGGUCCAGGACGUGUGAGAGAGAGGCCUCCGUCCUGAGCUACGAUGGGAGCAUGUACAUGAAGGUGGUGAUGCCCGCGGUGAUACACACGGAGGCGGAGGACGUUUCGCUCCGGUUUAUGUCCCAGCGGGCAUACGGUCUCCUCAUGGCCGCCACGUCCCGCGAGUCUGCCGACACGCUGCGUCUGGAGCUGGACGCCGGGCGCGUUAAACUCACCAUCAACCUGGACUGUGUCAGGAUAAACUGUAACUCCAGCAAAGGACCAGAGACUCUUUACGCUGGCAGCAAACUCAACGAUAACGAGUGGCACGCUGUCCGAGUGGUGCGACGUGGUAAAAAUUACAAGCUCACGGUUGACGAUGAUGUGGCUGAAGGUCAGAUGAUGGGCGACCACACCCGCCUGGAGUUCCACAACGUGGAGACGGGCAUCAUGACAGAGCGACGCUACGCGGCACAUGUGCCCUCCAGCUUCAUCGGCCACCUCCAGGGCCUCCGCUUCAACGGCCUGCUCUACAUCGACUUGUGCAAGAACGGCGACAUCGACUACUGCGAGCUCAACGCCCGCUUCGGCAUGCGCUCCAUCAUCGCCGACCCCGUCACCUUCCGCACCAGAGGCAGCUACCUCAGCCUGGCCACUCUGCAGGCCUACGCCUCCAUGCACCUCUUCUUCCAGUUCAAGACCACCUCGCCCGACGGAUUCAUCUUCUACAACAGCGGCGACGGCAGUGACUUCAUUGCCGUAGAGCUGGUCAAAGGCUACAUCCACUAUGUGUUCGACCUGGGCAACGGCCCCAGCCUGCUGAAGGGGAACAGCGACCGCGCUCUCAACGACAACCAGUGGCAUAAUGUGGUCAUCACCAGAGACAACGGCAACACGCACACGCUGAAGGUGGAUGCCAAGUCCGUCAGCCAGGUGGUCAACGGGGCCAAAAACCUGGACCUGAAAGGUGAGCUCUACGUAGCUGGGCUGGGUCCAGGCAUGUACGGCACCCUUCCCAAGCUGGUGGUGUCCAGGGAUGGUUUCCAAGGCUGCCUGGCUUCCGUGGACCUCAAUGGUCGGCUGCCGGACCUGGUCAACGACGCCAUUUUCCGGAGCAGCCAGAUCGAGCGUGGCUGUGAAGGCCCCAGCACUACCUGCCAGGAGGACUCGUGUGCCAACAUGGGGGUCUGCAUCCAGCAGUGGGAGAACUUCACCUGCGACUGCUCCAUGACGUCCUACGUGGGAACGCAGUGCAACGACCCGGGGACAACGUUCAUCUUCGGCAAAGGAGGAGGUCUCAUCACUUACAUCUGGCCCAACAAUGAGAGGCCCAGCACUCGAACGGACCGCCUGGCCGUGGGCUUCAGUUCCACCAUCAAGGACGGCAUCCUGGUCAGGAUCGACAGCGCCCCGGGUUUGGGAGAUUACAUCAUGCUCCACAUCGAAGAAGGCAAGGUUGCCGUCACCUUUAAUAUCGGCACAGUGGAUAUCAGUGUCCGUGAAACCUCUACCCCUGUGAACGACGGGAAGUACCACGUGGUGCGCUUCACCAGGAACGGGGGUAACGCCACGCUGCAGGUGGACAACUGGCCAAUCAAUGAGCACUUCCCCACAGGCAGCAGUGACAUUGAGCGCUAUCAAAUGGCUAAUAAGAAAAUCCCAUUCAAAUAUACCCGACCGGUAGAAGAAUGGCUACAAGAGAAAGGCCGGCAGCUAACCAUCUUCAACACCCAGGCCACCAUAUCGAUAGGCGGGAAUGACCGCAAGAGACCUUAUCAGGGCCAGCUGUCGGGCCUGUACUAUAAUGGCCUGAAGGUUCUCAAGAUGGCCGCCGAGGGAAAUCCCAACGUGCGUAUCAACGGCAGUGUGCGGCUGGUGGGGGACGUGCCCUCCCUCCCCGGCGUGACCACCACCACCUCCGUCCCGCCUGAGAUGUCCACCACCUUCAUCGAGACUACCACCACUCUAUCCACCACCACCACUCGCAGGCAGCGCUCCCCGCCCACCAUUCAGACAACAGACGACAUCGUCUCAUCGGCGGAAUGUUCCAGCGAUGAUGAGGACCUCGAAGAGUGUGAUUCAGGACACGCAGGAGGUGAACUAGUCAUCCCCGUACUUGUGGAAGACCCUGUAGAUACACCCCCCAUAGCCACCCGUGUCCCCUCCAUCCCUCUCCCCCCUACCCUCCGUCCCCUCCUCACCGUUAUCGACACCACCAAAGAGCCCUUGCUCCUGGCCACCGCCGCAGGGUUUCCAUGCUUGUCGGACCAAGGCAGCGAUGCUUGCGAUGACGGUGACGAUGAUAUUGGUGGUGAUGAUAAUGGUGAUGUUGAUGAUGGUGAUGAUGAUGAUGGCUUGGUGAUAUCUGGGUUUGGCUCUGGGGAAGCGUUCGACUCCAGCCUGCCCCCCACAGACGACGAAGAUUUUUACACCACCUUCUCCCUGGUAACAGAUAAGACCUUGUCCACAUCGGCAUUCGAAGGAGGCUACAAAGCGCAAGCGCCCAAGUGGGAGGCCAAGGACUUUAGGCCAAACAAAGGCUCCGUCACUCCUCCUCCCCAGGAGCCGAGGGGCUCCACCUCCUCAUCCUCCGCCCGCAAUGCUCCUCCCAAACUUCCUGCCGGGAAAAUGAAUAAUCGCGAGCCCAAACCCCAGCCGGACGUGGUGCUGCUCCCUCUACCCACCUCAUUCGAGACGGACAACACCAAGCCCAGGGGCACGGUGAUAACCUCGCCCAUGUUUCGCAACAACGUGCCCACGGCGAACCCCACUGAGUCGGGUGUCCGCCGAGUCCCGGGGGUCUCGGAGGUGGUCCGCGAAUCCAGCAGCACCACCGGGAUGGUGGUGGGGAUAGUUUCGGCAGCCGCACUCUGCAUCCUGAUCCUCCUGUACGCCAUGUACAAGUACAGGAACAGGGAUGAGGGCUCGUACCAGGUGGACGAGACCCGGAACUACAUUAGCAACUCAGCCCAGACCAACGGAGUCGUGGUGAAGGACAAGCCGCAGUGCGCCAAGGGCAGCGGCAAAAGACCGAAAGACAAGGACAAGGAAUAUUACGUGUAGAAAAAAUAAAUUAUGUGCGUGACAUGUAAAAAAAAAAAAUUAAUACACAAAAAAUAUUUAAGAUAAAAACCGAACUAUGCUAUGGAAAUGAUUACACAAUGGGAGCUGUGGUCCGAAGGAGAUAAUCAACCCAAAAAACUUUUUGGAGUGAAUGAUGAAAUGUACUGUAUUAUAAAGCACACUUACUAUUGUAAGCUUAUAGACAGUGAAGGCUGGCAGUGGUGACCUUUACUCCUCUGUCUGGGUGGGAUGUAGAAAAUGAUAUGGCUAAGUUGUUACCCUGGGUGACUGAGAGCCGCACAGUCCUUGGCGUGAGUCUUCGUUUGUUGUAACCCCUGUAAAAGAAACGAUUUGGCCAUAAUUUCAAGCAUGUGUGUGACACGUAUGUGAUGAGUAGUGUUGGCAUCUUUCCAAGAGUUGGUUGAAAAAAAAUGGAUCAUUGUUGCUUUAACAAGUUACUUUUUGCCAUAAGACAAAUUUGCAAUGUUUCCACAUUAUGAUGUGUGAUGUAUGUAAAAAAAAAUUGAAAGAAAUGUCCAGCUGUAUAAGUUGCAGUAAAGAGCGAUUACAUGGUGGAGAUGGAUCUACAGUGACCUUCAGCAGGUCUUUGUCUGCCCCCAUGCACUCGCUCAAGCAGAGAGAAAUCAAGGUUCUUUUUCUCUCUCCCAUCUGGGUUAAGUCAUCUGAUCACAGUGCAUGCCAUCUAAACGCGACCUCAUGUUCAACCUCUUGUGAACGGAUAUACCCGACCAAACUGUUUGUCACCAGAAUUGCAUUCCUUAUUUUUUUAUAUAUUUAGGCAACAAGAAAAUUCCAGAUAUAUAUUUUUUAUUUUUCACCUGUUAUUAUUCUGUGUGUUGUUCAGUUCCCACUUGGUCCUUGUUUAUUAUGUUUUUUAUUCAUUUUAUUUAAGCUGUGACAAAAAUAUCUCUAUUGGAGGCCUACAAAAGAAUUAACACUGUUAAUGAUAUUCAAAUGGAAAUAAAUCCAAUGUGAAAAGUGUGAAUUCUAUCUGUUGUCACAGUCAGCUGUGUCAAACAACAAAUUUGUUUACAUAUUUUAUUACAUGAUAGCUGUUGUACUUUGUAGUUCGAUAUUGUAUAUAACAUUUGAGUUGUAUUUUUUUUUAGUAAUCUUAUUGUACAGAUUGAUCAUUUGGUUUAUCACUGUAUUUCAUUAAGAAAAUUAAAAGUUAUUUGACAUGAAGAAAGAACGGAGCAACAAAACUAUGUAAAGAUUUUAUAAAGCCGGGGGAGAGAAAAACUUCUUGACUCUGAACUGGCGAUGAGACCUUCCCGCUGACAUUUCUAAGGCGCAUGAAUAUUUGACCCCUAGAAGUUGUCAUUCAAAUGUAAACAGACCUUCUCGACUGAAUUGGGGGUGUCAUUAUUCUGAAUUACAUUUGUUAUUAUUUUUUUUUUAAAGAUAAAAUAUAAUGAAGAGGUCAAGGUGGGUGCCCACACGCAGUUCAGACAAACAGAAAUGCCGUGUGACUUUACGUGUGUGUCGUCACAGACGUUUCUCGUCUUGUGAAACAAUUCCCUUCUGUUUUUAUCUGUAAUGUGUUUCAUUUGAUUUACUGCCCAUACUGUGUGUAUUGUUUUUUUGUGCAAUCUCAUUUUAAUUUCAUCCUUUUGGUCAAUUUGUGCUGAUUGUUAGUGGACUUUUUAUUAUUCAUUUAUUCAUUUAUUAGUUGUUUUUUAUCCAAAUGCAAGUGUGUAUAUUUAUUUAAUUCCUUGUUACUGCUUUUAUGUCAUUGGUUAUUAAUUUUGCUUCUACAAUCCAGGUUUUUUUUUGCUUAGCAAUAAAAUGUUCUUCCCAAAGUUUUCAAUGUUA